AUGUCAUCCAAGCUGAGAAACGCCAAUCCCUGUGACGGAUGCGCUCUCAGACGCGUCAAAUGUGAGGAUUCGAGGCCUUGCCGCGAGUGCCGGCUCAGAGGCAUCGAGUGCACCGUCUUACGAACCCGGAAGAAGCGUGGCCCGAAAGGAGGACCCAGGACCGCGACGAAGGCUAGAGUUGAAGAGUUUCAGAGGAGUAUUAAAGAUGCCGAGGAGACGCCCUCAUUACAAAGCAAUCCGCAGCCUCCCUAUCGCCUACCCCUGGCCGACUACAAGCGCUUCCUUGGAGUUUUCAAACAAAAUUCAUAUUCCAUCUGGCCUGUCGUUGAUUGCGACAAGGUUCUCUUAGAUAUAGCCCAAAACGACCAAGACCACGAAUCUCAUGCCUUGGCAGCUUCACUCUGCGCAGCCACAAUAGCUCAGCUUCGACUCCCAGAGCACACAAACCAACGGAACACGCUGUCAUCACUCCAAUUUGCGACUGACUGUCUGCAAUCUCGGGAGCAGUAUGAUUAUCGUGAAACAUUUUCCAUAGCAUCCGUCUUGAUACCCUUCUUUCUACACGUUUACUACGCCAACGCCAACAAAUUACGCACAGCUGGCCUCUUUUUGAGAGAAUCGAUCACCUAUGUUCAGUUACUGGAGCUUGGACAUCCUGAAAGAUAUUCGCACUUGUGCAAGAGAGAACGGGCACUCCGGCUUCGCGUUUAUUGGCUUCUUUUGAUAUCUGAAAGGACAUACUCUGCUCAACACGGAUUGCCAUCUGUGCUUCGAGCUAUUAAUGUCAUGCCUUAUCUCGAUAACGAUAUGGGUGAUGAACACCUCAUGCAAUCCUUCAUAUCGCUGGCAAGGCUCUUUGCAUAUCUCGAAGGGAACCUCGCAGUGCCUUCCUACAGCCAAGAGCCUCUUGAGCGACAGAAACUCGUUUCAUACCACGCCGACUUGUGCUUGGACUCACACGAUCAAGCUGCUCACGAGGCCCAACGGGUCGACCUGUUUGUUACGCGGCAAUGGAUACGACUGCUUUUGUGGGAGUAUACGGCGCAACAUUUUAUAAUGUCCUGCUAUCCCGAUGAUCAGGCUUUCUCUUUGUUUUUACCGGUCAAGAUUGGCCAUGAAAUGCUUUCGCUUUUUUCAAUGGUGACGAGCGCUGCCAUAAAAGCUCACGGAUAUGGCAUGGAACUCAAAGUAUUCCGACUAGCAGAUGCAAUGCUGGACAUUGUUGCCUGCACACCAUUCUCUGCCCGCGGAAAUGGAAUGCUCGUUGGCUCUGGAGAUGUUUUGGCCACCCUAUCCCGCGUCCUGCUUGCAGUUGGCGGGAAGGAAUCCAGGUUUUUGCAUAGAAUGCAUGAGAGAAUGUCACAGCUGGAAGUUAACGACAGGCAAUGGCCAUAUGCUGUCAUUUCAGAAUCAAAAGGUGACGGCGACAGUGGAAGGGUUAUUGAUCUUGGCCAGGCUCAAGAUGAACGACAAGAGGAACAGCAAGAGCAGAUAUGA